ACUGGGGUUACAGGCCUGAGCCACCGCGCCCGGCCUAAAUAUUUUACUUUCUUUUUGUCUUUGGUAGCUGGAGUGCAUUUUACACUUAGAGAACAUCAAACUCGGAAAAGUUGCAUUUCAAGUGCCUCAUAGGCACCGCACUGGACUGUGAGGCCCUAGAAUGCCACACCCCCUAGUCCUUGCAGCCAGAAAUGAAGAUGGCAGGGGCGGUAACACUGUUAGUUUGGGACUAAGAAAGGCAACCUCGGGAGGAGGCGAGCCUUGCGAUGAUGAAACUUCUAGGACAGUCUCCCCUCGCCCCCCACCCUGUGCAGGGCCUAGCAUAGCACGGCCAGAGCCACGGGAAAGGGCGGGGCAGGGAAGUCUGGAGAUGGGGGCGUGGAGAGGCUCGGCCGGGACCCCUACGCAUGCGCACCGCGACAAUUCACGAUGCCCGCCUACUGGCGCCCUAGCAACCGGGUUGCGAACCACCGUUUAUCCCGACUAAGUGGCUAUCCUGGGAGUUCUAGUGCCACUAGCUGGCUUCGGCUCUUCCCUGUCCGAGGUUCUUGUAAUUUCCGCUUAUUUCCUCCACGGGUGCCGAUUUCAUGUGUGUGUCCCCGAGUGCCUAAGCCGGCUCCUGAAAUGAGUACUCGUGGUUUCCGCGUGGGAACCAACCUCGAGCGCCAGUGGCCCUCCCUCUACGGGCUGAGGUGGCUGCUGGGGCUGGGGCUGCUCCUGAGGCUUCAGGGCCGCCCGCUGCACGGCUUUCUACCUCCCCAGGCUAAUCGCGGUCAUCUGCCAGGCGGAGCAAGAAAUCGCAUUUUGUCAGGUGAGGAUUGGAGGAAGGGAGUGAGAUGUGAGGGGAAGGCUUCGGGUAGAGGUAUGGGGCCGAUCGGGGACGACCAGGGUCGAGAGCUCAUCGACUUGGACCCGGAAUGCCAUUGCCCUCCCUGUGGGUGUGUCUCAGGGUCUCUCAAUCUCGGAGCCUCCCACUUCGCGGAUCUUUCCCGCCCUCUCAGUAUCUCCUUCUUCCUCACAGUUCCUCCCCUUCCUCUUCUUUCUCUGCUUCCUCCCUUCCCUCUCAUCUCGUCUUCUUCCUUCUCCCUCACAGCUCCAACGCCCACUGUUUCGGCCCCACCUUCUUACGGGGGAUUCCUGGGACAAUUCCUCUUCCGUGUGUCCCACAACCACCAGUAA